GGGAGAGGAAGACAGCUGACGGUCUUCAGUCAUAAUUCAAUGGGCUCGGGUGAAUAAACAGCAGGUGCAUUUCCCUCUCAGGCACUUCACUCCUUUUCCUCUUCUUGCAGUCGGACAGGUGAAAUCUCUAAUCAUGAGCAGGAACUUCUUGUCCAAUAAUGGUGAGCUCCACAAGGGAGACUCUCUGGUGUCUAACAACGGAGCGUUUAAGGCUGUCUUCCAGGAGGAUGGUAACUUUGUGGUCUAUGGCUGGAAGCCUGUCUGGGCUUCACACACUAAUGGGUCACCAGCUUUCCGCCUGGUCAUGCAGAGUGACUGCAACCUGGUCAUUUACGACAAGGGGGGCAAACCCCUGUGGGAUGCACGCUCUAAAAGACCUAACCCCGGGAUUUGCCGCCUUCAGCUGACCGAUCAGGGCGAACUGGUGGUGAGCAGCGGUGCUGAAAGAGUCUGGCCACUUAUUUUAUGAGGCAUGAAGUGAUGCAUUGUAUGUGAAAGUUAUGUUUUGGAAGUCAAUUUGCCACCAGUAAAACAUACCUGUUAUUUAAUCUUGGAUUAAAUAAAACAAAUUCACAAUG